AUGCAAAAUAAAGCGAAUGUGCCAACUUAUAUGCGAGCCAUAGCUAAUUAUGUUACUAAUGAACCUAAUUUGUUGAGCUUUUCUAAAGGAGACAUUAUUCAAAUUAUAAGUCGAAGUAAUGAAACAUUUCCUGAAGAACAAAACAACGAACAAUGGUUAUAUGGUAAGAUUGGUAAUAAUUUUGGAAAUUUACCAGCUAAUUAUGUAGAACCUUUGGACAUGUUUGGUCAGGUAGGUAAAUCAUUGACAAACUUUAAUUCAGCAAUAAUAAAUGAUUUAUCAUUUACUGUUAACUUAAUGAACUAAUA